AUGUUGUCGUGGUUUAACAAUCAGCGCCAGAAUAAUGUACCCAUCUCGGGGCCAAUUGUAAAAGCUAAGGCUGAAAAGUUUGCCAACCAACUUGGCAUAAUUGACUUUAAAGCAUCUGAAGGUUGGCUCGGAAAAUUUAAGCACCGUCAUCAAAUUACGUACGGUAAAAUGAACGGAGAGGCGCGGGAUGUCGAUAUGAAUGUGACUAACAAUUGGAUUAGUACAGUGUGGCCUAAUUUAAAGAUGAAAUACUCACCAGAAGACAUUUUUAAUGCAGAUGAAACUGGCCUUUUUUUCAAGUUGACUCCCGACAAAACUUUAAAAUUCAAAGGGGAAAAAUGUGUUGGAGGAAAACUGUCUAAAGAGCGCAUUACAGUUCUAAUGGCUGCCAAUAUGAGUGGCACAGAAAAAAGAAAGCUUUUAGUUAUAGGCAAAUCGAAAAACCCUCGGUGUUUCAAGAACAUAAAACAGUUGCCAGUUACGUACAAAGCAAACAACUCAGCUUGGAUGACAUCGCAGAUUUUUGAAGAGGAAGUGAGAAAAUGGGAUGCUGAAUUAAAAUCACGGAAAAUCUUGCUUCUAGUAGACAAUUGUCCUGCUCACCCAAUCAUAUCUAAUCUUCGAAACAUAGAGUUAGCAUUUUUCCCAGCUAAUACAACCAGUAUUUUACAACCAAUGGAUCAGAGUGUAAUUAAAUCCCUAAAGGGCCACUAUAGACGGAAAAUGUUGAUGGAUAUGAUAGAAACUGACGGCAAGGUCUCGAUCAACAUGCUACAAGCAGUGAACUUCAUAUCAAAAGCCUGGCAAGAGGUAACAGCGGCCACUAUUCAACAUUCUUUUCGACAUGCUGGAUUAUGUAGUAGCCAAGAAACGAACCAAUUUAACAGUGAAGACAAUCUACCACUGAGUGAAUUGAUAAGCCAGUUCAACGUACCAAACAAUUUUAACGAAGAUCUACAAUCGUACGAAAAUAUAGAUGAGGAUGUAGCCACAACUGGUACACUUACAGAUGAACAAAUUGUUGAUUUAGUGUCAAAAAGUCAGGAAACACCCGAUAAUCAAGAUGAAGAAGACGAUCAAGUGGACAAAGCCGAAUCACCACCAACAAUUCAACAAGCCCUAGAUGCCGCUAAGUUGGUAGAAAAUUUUUUGUUGUUUAAUCAAGACGAUUCCACCACAUAUCUAGAUAUGAAUAGGAUACAUAAAAUAAUACAAAACAAGUACUGGCAUAGCAAAAAACGUCAGACGAAAUUAUCAGACUAUAUGUGUAAACAAUAA